CGAGCCUCCCCAUCUCAAGGAGAAGAAGAAGAAGAAGGAUAAGAAAGUGAAGACCGUGGAGGUUGCACAGGAGCAGGGUGUAUCCCAGGGAAAGAGGGAGAGAAAGCGCAAACAUAGCACCGAAGGGCUAUCUUCCGUUCCUGCCGACGUUGCCUCCUCUGAACCCGAAAAGAAGAAAAAGAAGAAGGAGAAGAGGGAGAAGAGGGAGAAAGCCGUGGACGACGACGUCCCUGCUCCCCAGGAUGAGGAUGCAGAUAUGGACAACGUCGCGAGCCCCUCGGCUGUCCCCGAGAAGUCGUCGUCUGGCGAGAUACCGCCCAAGAAGGAGAAGAAGAAAAAAGAGAAAAAGAGCAAAAAGUCGGAGGCAAACGACGGGCCGACGCCCAGCACCUCCACUCUCCCCGCGCCUGACGACGACCAGCCGCCAACUUCUGCGGAGAAGAAACCGAAGAAGGACAAGAAAUUGAAGAAGGACGCCUCCAUCCCCUCCGCGGCGCCUACCGUCUCGUCCGUGCCCUCUGAAGCGGAGAUCGCCGCCUUCCGGACCAAACACGCCGUCACCGUGCAUGGCUCCGUCACCCCCGUCCUCUCGUUCGACCAGUGCGCCAUCCCGGAUGACCUGCGAACCGCCCUGGACGGGUUCAAAGAGCCCACGCCAAUCCAGGCCUACGCUUGGCCUCCCGCGCUGGAGGGCAGAGACGUCGUCGGUAUCGCCGAGACCGGCAGCGGCAAGACCCUCGCUUUCGGUCUCCCGGCCCUCUCGCGCCUCGUCACCUCGCCUCCCCCACCCCCUGCCCCCUCGAAAAAAUCGCAAUCGAUGGCGCCUCCGGCGACGGUGACCGUGCUCGUCCUGGCGCCGACGCGCGAGCUCGCGAUCCAGACGCACGACACGCUCACCGCGCUCGGCGCGCCGUUCGGGAUCGCGUCCGUCGCGCUCGUCGGCGGGCUCGACAAGGGCCCGCAGAUCAAGCUGCUCCGGAGCGCGAACAAGGGCGGAAAGACGACGCGGAUCGUCGUCGGCACGCCCGGGCGGAUCAAGGACCUCGUCCAAGAGGGCGCGUGCGAUCUCAGCCAGGUCAACUAUCUCGUCCUGGACGAAGCGGACCGGAUGCUCGACAAGGGCUUCGAGAACGAUAUUCGCGAGAUCAUCGGGUACGCGAAGCAAGGCACGAACCGGCAGACGCUCAUGUUCAGCGCGACGUGGCCCGAGUCCGUGCGCCGCCUCGCGGCGACGUUCCAGCGCGACCCGGUGCGGAUCACGGUCGGGAGCGACGACCUGACCGCGAACAGCCGCGUCGAGCAGGUCGUCGAGGUCUUCGACGACGCGCGGUCGAAAGACGGCCGCCUGCUCGACACGCUCCGGCAGCUCAAGCACCCGAAGAAGAGCACGUCCGCGGACGCGCGCGUGCUCGUCUUCGCGCUUUACAAGAAGGAGGCCGCGCGCGUGGAGUCGUUCCUGCGCUCGAAGGGGUACGCCGUCGGCGCGCUGCACGGCGACAUGUCGCAGCAGGCGCGGAUGGACGCGCUCGCGCGCUUCAAGGACGGCGAGCACGGCGUGCUCGUCGCGACGGACGUCGCCGCGCGCGGGCUCGACAUACCCAACGUGAACGCGGUCGUCAACUACACGUUCCCGCUCACGAUCGAGGACUACAUCCAUCGUAUCGGACGGACGGGUCGCGGCGGGAAGACCGGCAAGUCGAUCACGUACUUCACCGGCGACGGGCACGAGCGCGCGCUCGCCGGCGAGCUCGCCCGCGUCUUGCGCGAGAGCGGGUUCGAGGCGCCCGGCUUGAACAAGUUCCCGAUGACGAUCAAGAAGAAAUCGCACAGCGUGUACGGCGACUUCUUCCGGGACGACAUACCCGCCCCCUCCGCUCCCACGAAGAUCACGUUCUAAUCCGCAUGUUAAAUAUCUGCUUGCUUUGGUGUCGCAGCGCACUCUCAGGGGUUUGUUCAAGGAUAGAAUCGUAGAUUCGUUGUACGGACAGGCCGUAGAAUUGUCACCCCAUGUUUACGCCAUCUCUCGUCGUUCCAUCGCGGAAAGGCGGUGAAUAAUAUAG